AUGUCCGCGAGUAACAGUACAUAUAUUUCCGAUAGCAUCACGUCUGCUAGCCUCUCUCGUUCAAUUCCGUUCGGUAUUUUUACGGGAUUGAUCAUAUUUUCGAUUCCAUGCUAUCUAUUCAUCUUUGUACAAUAUAUCCGCAAAGGACUACUACAAAAGCAAGUUCGCAGUCAUACAAUCCUUGCAGUACUAAUAUGUAGUUUCUUACAGGUAAGUUAUCGUCUGAUUCGUUUCGCUUUAAUCAGUGAAUAUUUCAAGGUAGCAAUUGAAUUACCGAUCAUUCUUUCGUAUUUACAUAACGGUUUUGUUCCUAUUCCAACGGAUUUCUUUUGUAAACUUUGGGCAUGUCUAGAUUAUUCGUUUAAUGUUAUGAUUCUAAUGUUAAUGGCGUUUACAGCAAUCGAAAGAUAUCUGCUUGUCUUUAAACGCGCCUUUUUCAACCAUCACCGACUCAUUCGUCAUUAUAUCCCAAUGAGUUUGUGCAUCCUAUAUCCAAUUGUUCUAUAUAUCUAUUUCAUUUUUUUCUACCCUUGCACAAAUCAAUUUACAUUUACGAUGAUCACUUGCGGCGGGCCGUGUUAUUUCUAUGCGCCAGCAAUCAGCACAUUCGAUCAAUUUACUAACCUUGUUUUUCCCGUAACAGUCAGCACUGUCGUCAGUCUCAUUCUUCUGAGUCGAGUUUUGAAACAAAAACGUCAUAUGCAACAACAACAGAUGUGGAAGAAGAAUCGACGUUUAGUACUACAAUUGCUUUACAUUGUCAUUCUGUACAACCUUGUUUGGCUACCGAUGGUGACUUCUUCGUCGAUUCUGUUAUUUUCCACCGUACCACAACAGAUUCUAAUUGACUUAAGUAUUAAUAUAUUACCAUACGGGAUUUAUGUCGUGGUUUUAUUAUGUCCAUACGUUUCUUUAAUGAGUUUACCUGAACUUUGGCCUUCGUCUGUUGUGAAUAUUUUUCCGAUAGUAAGAACCGUCCAUACAACACAUAUUCCCAACCAUCUACAAAUGAUCCAUACAAACAUCGUAAAUCGGCCAGCUUCAUUUAAAUGCGAUGAUCCAGAUAUUCAUUAG